GCUGUGCUGUGCUCACCUCUCUCACUCUUACUUCAAAUCUCCUUUAUAACUACCCAUAAUCUCUCUCCCCCACUUUUCCUCUCUCACCUCUCAACUCCCGUUUCGUCCUUUUCACACACACACACACACUUUAUGUCAUUUCCGAUACGUUUUGUUUUUUCUCUCUCCUCGUUUCUAGCUCCGAUCGGGUCCCACAUUACCUGACCCGCCUCAAAUCGGAGCGUUCCGUUUCGCUUUGCACUCAUCAUCACUGUCUAUGAUCACUGAUCGAUGAUAUAUAUGCAGUGGAAUUUUCAGUAGCGUUUUCUUUGUUUCUUUCCAGCGAUUGAGUUGAGAUGAAUCCACUGUGCUGCAUUGCUCCGGUUUCGAUCGAGAAGGACCGAGCCGCGCCGUUGGCGGCGAAAUCGGGCGGUCAGUAUCAGUUAGGGCUCGAUUCGUCGUUGAAGACCGCGAAACCGUGCCCCUCGGCGCAGGUCUCGUCGGCCGGUACCGAAUCGGACAGAGUAUCGGCUUCGGCUGCUUCCGCUGCUGCGGCAUCGGCGAACAACGACGGCGAAGACGCGAUCGCGGAUUCGGUGCUGUAUAGCGCCGGCGGCAGCAGCAAUGGAGGCUGCUGCGGCGGCAGUGUGGCUGGGAUUCUGUACAAGUGGGUGAACUACGGGAAAGGAUGGAGAGGGAGGUGGUUCGUGCUCGAAGACGGCGUGCUUUCGUACUACAAGAUUCACGGUCCGGACAAGAUCUUGACGAGUCCGGCGAGAGAGAAAGGAGUCAGAGUGAUCGGCGAGGACUCGAUCAGGUACAUGAGGAAAGCCAAUUGGAGUAGCAGUAGCAGCAACCGCUUCGGUAGCUCCGCAAAGGAAUGCAAGCCUUUCGGCGUAGUGCAUUUGAAGGUUUCUUCGAUUCGUGCAAGCAAAUCAGACGAUAAAAGGCUCUCCAUAUUUACAGGAACAAAAACUCUCCACUUACGCUGUGUAUCUAGGGAGGACAGAUCUGCCUGGAUUGAGUCACUGCUGGCUGCUAAAGAGCUAUUCCCUAGAGUGUUGAGUAGCAAUGAUUUUGCACCUGCUGAAGAUGUAGUUGUUUCGACAGAGAAGCUUCGAUUACGGUUAUUACAGGAAGGCAUUGGUGAGGCAGCCAUCAAAGACUGCGAAUCAGUCAUGCUCUUAGAAGUCUCUGAGUUGCAAAACAAGUUGAAGACUCUUCAUUACAAACAUGUUAUGUUGUUGGAAACAUUGAGACGAUUGGAGACUGAGAAAAUAGAGCUGGAAACCACUGUAGUGGAUGAAACAAAAGAACGUGAAUCAUAUUGUGGACAAGGGAACAGAAGAUUUAGUGAUUUCUAUUCUGUCAUGUCAGAGGGCAGUGCAACAGACUCUUGUGCAGAUAAUGAGAGUCAAGAUGGAGCAGACGUUGAGACAGAUGAAGAUGAUGGAACAUAUUUUGAUACAAAUGAUUUUUUGUCUUCAGAUUUCUUACGAAGUGCUUCAUAUCGUAGUAGGGAUUCUCUGGGAAAUGUAAUAUAUGAUAGAGAUUCUUUCUUGUCUGAUCGUUUGCAUGGAUUUGAGAAGGAGAUAAGGGCUGUUGAAUAUCCAUAUGUCAAAAGAAGGGAUAAUUUGCCAGAACCAAAGGAGAAAGAGAAGCCCGUUGGCUUGUGGUCAAUUAUCAAGGAUAAUAUUGGAAAGGACCUUUCUGGAGUUUGUCUUCCUGUUUAUUUUAAUGAACCACUGUCUUCUUUGCAAAAGUGCUUUGAAGAUCUGGAGUAUUCAUACUUGGUUGAUCAAGCACUGGAAUGGGGAAAGCAGGGAAAUGACUUGAUGAGAAUCUUAAACAUUGCAGCUUUUGCUGUAUCUGGUUAUUCGUCUACACAAGGUCGGCAGUGCAAGCCCUUCAAUCCUCUCCUAGGGGAGACGUAUGAGGCAGAUUAUCCAGAUAAAGGAGUCCGUUUUUUCUCUGAAAAAGUGAGUCACCACCCAAUGAUUGUUGCUUGUCACUGUGAAGGAAGGGGCUGGAAAUUCUGGGCUGAUUCCAAUCUUAAAGGGAAGUUUUGGGGACGUUCUAUUCAGCUUGAUCCUGUAGGUGUCCUUACUCUGCAGUUUGAGGAUGGAGAGACAUUUCAGUGGAGCAAGGUUACCACUUCUAUAUACAAUAUCAUCCUAGGUAAAAUCUAUUGUGACCAUUAUGGCACCAUGCGCAUCAAGGGCAGUGGCAAUUACUCAUGCAAGCUCAAGUUCAAGGAGCAGUCUAUCAUAGACCGAAAUCCACAUCAGGUCCAUGGAUUUGUGCAAGACGACAGUACUGGAGAGAAGGUAGCUAUGUUGGUCGGGAAGUGGGAUGAGGCAAUGUACUAUGUGCUGGGAGACCCAACUACAAAGCCUAAGGGGUAUGAUCCAAUGACAGAAGCUGUGCUGCUGUGGGAAAGGGAUAAAUAUGUUACCAAGACAAGAUACAAUCUCUCUCCUUUUGCGAUAACCUUAAAUGAACUGACACCUGGCUUAUCAGAGAAAUUGCCUCCAACUGACUCAAGGCUGAGGCCAGAUCAAAGACAUCUAGAGAAUGGAGAAUAUGAAUUGGGAAAUGCGGAGAAAUUAAGACUCGAGCAGUUGCAGAGACAGGCAAGGAAGUUGCAGGAGAGAGGGUGGCAGCCAAGAUGGUUUCAGAAGGAUGAGGAUGGUUGUUAUCGGUAUAUGGGUGGAUACUGGGAAGCAAGAGAAAAAAAGAACUGGAAUGGAAUUUCUGACAUAUUUGGCCAGAGUAGUGAUUUGCCAUCUUGCUCGGCAGAAGCAUGAGUUGUCCUGUGGCCCAGGUCGCUCUAAAUUAUUUUGUUCUCAUGAUUUCCUUCCAUUUCCAUAUCUUUACCCCAUUUCCCUGUACUGAACGUGAGUUUAGAUUUAGGUCUGUUAAGUUAUAAGCUCCUAUAAGUUGUUGUCGUGUUGAUUUCCAAGGUUUUUGUAAUCUACUAUACUCAUCUGGUGCAUAGUUUUAACAAUUGCGUGCUGGGCAGUAUUUAUCA